GCUGUGCAUCGUGGAAUUGAAGAAACCAAAGCAAAGCAAAGCAAGGCAAGAGCGAGACAGAGAGAGAAAAAUGGGUGGUUGGGCUAUAGCGGUGCACGGAGGCGCUGGUGUGGACCCAAACCUACCACUGGAACGCCAAGAACAAGCCAAAGUCCUCCUUACUCGCUGCCUCAACAUUGGCAUUUCUGCUCUUCGUUCCUCCCUCCCCGCCAUCGACGUCGUCGAACUCGUCGUUAGAGAAUUGGAAUCGGAUCCUCUGUUCAAUUCAGGGCGUGGAUCAGCCUUGACGGAGAAAGGAACGGUGGAGAUGGAGGCCAGCAUCAUGGAUGGGCAUGGAAGACGGUGCGGCGCCGUUUCAGGAGUGACCACCGUGAAGAGCCCAGUCUCCCUCGCCCGCCUCGUCAUGGAAAAGUCUCCCCACUCUUACCUCGCUUUCUCCGGCGCCGAAGAGUUCGCCCGCCGACAGGGUGUGGAGAUGGUGGACAACGAAUACUUUAUCACGGAGGAAAACGUUGGCAUGUUGCAGUUGGCCAAGGAAGCGAACACUAUAUUGUUUGAUUACAGGAUCCCAACCGUAGGAUUUGACAAGUGCAGCGCAGUAGUAGAAAACCCGCUGCAGAUGAACGGUCUCCCAAUCAGCGUGUACGCGCCGGAGACAGUGGGCUGCGUGGUGGUGGACGGGGAAGGGCGGUGUGCGGCAGCGACUUCCACCGGCGGGCUGAUGAACAAGAUGAGCGGUCGCAUCGGCGAUUCCCCGCUUAUAGGAGCAGGGACUUACGCGUGUGAGGUGUGUGGCGUGUCGUGCACGGGCGAGGGGGAGGCCAUCAUACGUGGGACACUGGCACGUGAGGUGGCGGCGGUGAUGGAGUACAAGGGUCUGGGCCUCCAGGAUUCGGUGGACUAUGUGGUGAAGGAGAGGCUGGACCAAGGCAAGGCUGGUCUGAUUGCUGUGUCCAGGAAUGGUGAGGUGGCUUAUGGGUUCAACUGUAUUGGAAUGUUCAGGGGCUGUGCCACUCAGGAUGGGUUCAUGGAAGUUGGUAUUUGGGAGUAGACAUGUUUAGUGUGUGUUUAGAUUUUGAAUUUAAAUAGAUAUUUAUUGAAGGAAAAGAAUAAAGAAUAAAAAAGUGACCACUAUUUAGAGUCUUCCUUUAAAUAUCUAUUUAAAUUAAUGAUCCACCCACAAUAUUCAAGUCUUGCUUUGGUGGUUCGAAAGUGAUAAGGGAAGCAUGGAUCUAUUUGUCUCUAUGUUCCUUGGAGUUGUUUAUUUAUUGUAACCUUUGUUGGCAGUAAUGAACCUACAUUUUAGUAAUAGUAAUUUGGUAAUACAUA